GAACAGUGUCGCGUUGAAUUUCGGAAAGUGAAGAAAUCGGGAAAGAGAAAAUAAGUGAAAUUGUGAAAGAAAGAAAGAACCUGCGAGAACCUGCUUUUGGAUUAUACUUUUUGGCCGAGGAUUAUUUAUGACUUUGGUGUUAUUUGAUAUUCGCAGAAUUUCAAGAUAUUUAACUGUGAAAUUUUGGAGAUUAUUGAACUUUUGCAGCGAAUUUUUUAUACUCCAAGAUUUCUUCUAAAUGAAUUGAAAUCCGAUGCGGGAGAAACAAAAAAUGUUGAUAAACAAAAUAUCAGGAUUGUUGCUUUUCAUUCAAAUAUUUUCAAUAUCUGCCGGUCCACACAGAUUUGUUGAUGUUGAGUACAAUAAACCCACAUUUUUUCGCGGUUCUGUUGAACACGUACCGUUAGACGAUGAGACGAAAGGAAGCUUACGAGAUGGGAUGGGUGAUCAGGAAGAAGAUACGCAAUUCUCGAGAGCAGCCGUUGAAAGCAUCCCAGCAACAAUCGUUUCAUAUUACCAACCAUUAAGAUCAGCUGUUGAACACAAUCCACUCGACGAUCAGGAAACUUAUUCGCGAGUUAUUACACAGAAAGAAAGAUUCAUGGCGAUCGUUACACCAAGUCGUAGUCGUCAAGCUAGAAAUAUGACAUUUGGAGCUUAUGUUCUUCCUUCUUACAUCGACACGAAACAUCCACAAUCGUUUCGAAAUGGUUCGCCAUACCAACAACUCGUCGAUCCACAAACUUACGAACGACUACAAAAGGAACGAGAACAGAAUAAAACUCAAAAAUUAAAAGCUUCAUCAUCGAGAGCUUCAAGUCAUAAAGUUGUUUGUCAUAUCACCAACUGGUCUUUCUAUCGAAAGGAUGAAGGAAAGUUCGUUCCAGAAAAUCUUGAUUCAAAGCUUUGCACGCAUAUUAUUUACUCGUUUGCAACACUCGAACCAGACACACUUGAGAUGAGAGAAUUUGAUCCAUGGGGUGACAUCGAGAAUCAACUUUAUUCUCGAACUAUUAAUUUGGAUAAAUCAGUUCCCGUUCUUAUCGGUCUGGGUGGUUGGACAGAUUCAAGCGGUGACAAGUACACUCGACUUGUAUCUGAUUCAAGGAAACGUCAGAACUUUGUCAGUCGUGCGAUUAUUUUCAUGCGCCAAUAUGGAUUCUCAGGUCUUCAUGUUGACUGGAAUUAUCCAGUUUGCUGGCAAAGUGAUUGUCGAGCUGGUCCACCAACUGACAAAGAAGACUUCACAAAAUUCAUUCAAGAAUUGCAUAAAGCUUUCCAACCUUAUGGUCUCUUGUUGAGUUUCUCACUUUCUGGUUACAAAGAAAUCAUCACGAGAGCUUACGACGUUCCAGUCAUUUCUAAAUACGCAACAUUUAUGACUGUCAUGACUUACGAUUAUCAUGGAUCAUGGGAGAGAAUGACGGGGCAUGUCAGUCCAUUGUACGGCGAUGAUAAAGACAAAUAUCCACAAUACAACACUGACUACGCACUUAAACUUCUCGUUAAGUUGGGAGCUGAUAAGAAGAAAUUAAUUGUGGGUGUUCCAUUUUAUGGUCAAACUUACACACUUUCAAAAUCACAAAACGGUCAAGGAUUUAACAGUCAAGCUGAUGGUCCUGGUGAACCUGGAGAGAUGACGAAUCAACCUGGAAUGUUGGCUUAUUAUGAAAUUUGUAAUCGAUUAAGACGACCGGGAUGGAGAAUGGGAACAGAUCCAAUGAGUAAGUCGGGGCCUUAUGCAACAAAUAAGAAUCAAUGGGUUGGAUAUGACGAUGUUGAUUCAGUGACAAUGAAGACAAGAUACGUCGUCAGUUCAGGUUUUGGUGGAGUAGUCGCUUGGACAGUUGACUUGGAUGACUUUUCAAAUCGCUGUUGUUCUGAAACUUUCCCACUUUUGAAGGCCGUCAAUAGAGUGUUUGGUCGUUUGGACACGCCAGUACCUUCCAACAAUAAUUGUGAUCGACCACAAACACCAGCAACACCCAAGCCACCAUUAAUGGUCGCCACAGUAGACACAGGAGCUGCUGGCAUUCCACAAAAUGAACAACAAUACACUCCACAAUCAACUUCCACUACCAAUUGGUGGACACAACCAACAACGUCAUCAACAUCUUGGUGGUCUCAAUCAACAACAUCCACACAAAGACCAACUCGUCGAACUACCACUCGACGUCAAACAACGCCAGCUUCAACAACUCAACAUUAUUAUGAAGAAGAUACGACAGUUCCAGUCCCUGUCAACGUCAUGCCAGUAAUUGUUGCUGGUCCUUGUUCACCUGGAGAGUACAAAGCACAUCCUACACAGUGUAGUGCAUAUUUGCUUUGUCUCAAUGGUGCUUUGUCAACACAAUACUGUGCAGCAGGUCUUCAUUGGAAUGCACAACAUAAUAUUUGUGAUUGGCCAUCAUCUGCACAAUGUACUUCUGGUACUCUCAAUGAUGAACCAGUGGUAACCACAAGGAGACCUCAAACAACGACUAGAAGAUCAACAACGACUAGGAGAUCGACAACAACUAGAAGAUACACGACAACUUUAUAUGACGAACCAACAACCACAAGACUACCAGAAACAACAACCAGGAGAAGAACCACCACUGCCCGUCCCACAUACUACAGUGAAACAACAACCAGAAGAAGAACCACCACUGCCCGUCCGACUUAUUAUUAUGAUUCAACGACGUCUUACAUUACGACGACAACAAAACGAUCAAACAAGAAGCCAACAACUCCGUGUGUAAAUGGCGAAUAUUAUCCACAUAAAGAUUGCACGAAAUAUUAUGUUUGUAAUCAUGGCAGACGAACACCAGGCAAAUGUCCUGAAGGAACACAAUUCAGUCAGAAAGAAAAGUUUUGUGACUAUGAAGAGAACGUCAAAUGCGUUUCGAAGAAGAAAUAUUUGAAACUUUUACAUGGUCAAUAUUUGAAGUCGGGAUUCUUCAGUGCUGCUUUGUUGAAAGCAUCAGAAGGUGAUGUGUGUGAAGGCGUGACAUUUGUUCGUUAUCCUGGACAGUGUGUAAAAUAUUUGGAAUGUCUUCAUGAACAUUUAAUCGUGCGUGAAUGUGUCGACGGUUUGUACUUUGACAUGGAAAGAAGUGUUUGCAACUGGCCGAAUCAAGUUGAUUGUCAGAAUGAUCCAAGCUUGGAUUCUAACGAUUUAAGUGAAGAAGCAGGUGGAGAUGAAGAAAACGGCGCUGUAAGUCAGAAUGAAGACAACAAUCAAGUUGAUUUUGAAUUCGAUCAAGGCGUUUAUCAGCCUUCAUCAACAACAACAAUGAAACCGACAAAACGUCCAAUGUCUGCUAACUUUGAGACAAUUCCUGUAGCUGAACAUGUUCAACCAUUGAAUGGACCUUACAAGCUUGUCUGCUACUUCACCAAUUGGGCUUGGUAUCGACCAGGACUCGGCAAAUAUUUACCUGACAACAUCGAUGAGAAUCUUUGCACGCACAUCGUUUAUGGCUUUGCAGUUCUCAAUUAUGAUGAACUGACAAUCAAAACUCACGAUUCAUGGGCUGACAUCGACAAUAAAUUUUAUGAACGUGUCGUUGAAUUCAAGAACAAAGGUGUGAAAGUAACUUUAGCUAUUGGUGGUUGGAAUGAUUCAGCUGGUGAUAAAUACAGCAGACUUGUGAGAAAUCCGACGGCUCGUGCUCGAUUCAUUCGUCAUGCUGUUGAAUUCUUGGAAAAAUAUGGAUUUGAAGGUUUGGAUCUUGAUUGGGAAUAUCCAGUGUGUUGGCAAGUUGAUUGCAAGAAGGGAAAACCUGACGAGAAGCAACAUUUUGCAGCGUUUGUGCGUGAACUUUCAGAAGCUUUCAAGCCACGUGGUUUGCUGCUCUCAUCAGCAGUUUCGCCAAGUAAAACUGUCAUCGAUGCUGGUUAUGAUGUUCCAACACUUUCGAAGUAUUUCGAUUGGAUUGCUGUGAUGUGUUACGAUUAUCAUGGUCAGUGGGACAAGAAGACUGGCCACGUCGCUCCACUUUAUUAUCAUCCAGAUGAUGAUGUUGACUACUUUAAUUCGGAAUAUACAAUGCGGUAUUGGAUUAAACUCGGUGCAGCACCAGACAAGCUUGUCAUGGGUAUGCCUUUGUAUGGACAGUCGUUUACUUUAGCUGAUGCUAAAAACAAUGGACUUAAUGCGAAGGCACCUGGACCUGGAACAGCUGGAGAGUUCACACGUGCAGCUGGUUUCUUAGCUUAUUACGAAAUCUGUGAUCGAAUUCUUAACAAAGGAUGGACAGUGGUUAAAGAUCCACAGGGAAGAAUUGGUCCAUAUGCUUACAAAGGCAAUCAAUGGGUUUCAUUUGAUGACCAAGCAAUACUUCGAAGAAAGACUAAAUUCGUGAAAGAACUUGGUAUUGGCGGUGGAAUGGUUUGGGCAUUGGAUUUGGAUGACUUUAAGAACCGAUGUGGCCAAGGAACUCAUCCAUUGCUUAAAAUAAUUCACGCUGAGUUGCAAAAUGAAGACGAUGAGGAAGUUGAAUCACCAGCUGCAGAAACGCCUGAAUCUUCCGAAACUCCAAUUGAACAACCAGAAGAAUCUGAAAAUGAAGAUCGACCAAAUCAACCCGAGCCAAAUGAUGAAAUUGAACAAAAUGUUCAAGAUGAAGAAGACGAAGACGAAGAUGAUGAAGAUGAAGACGAUGAAGAUGAAAAUGAAAUUGAAGAUGAUCUCGAUGAAAAGUUGGACUUUAAAGUUGUUUGUUACUUCACAAACUGGGCUUGGUAUCGACCAGGAAUUGGAAAGUUUGUGCCCGAAGACGUUGAUCCAGAACUUUGCACGCACAUCGUUUAUGGUUUCGCUGUUCUCAAUCGAGAUAGUCUCACGAUUAAACCGCACGAUUCAUGGGCUGACAUUGACAACAGAUUUUAUGAACGUGUUGUUGAGUAUAAGCAACGAGGUGUUAAAGUCACUGUCGCCAUUGGCGGUUGGAACGACUCAGCUGGUGAUAAAUACAGCAGACUUGUUAGAGACGCUGCAGCUCGUGCUCGAUUCAUCAAAAAUGUUAUUGAGUUCAUUGAAAAGUACGGAUUUGAAGGUUUGGAUCUUGAUUGGGAGUAUCCAGUGUGUUGGCAAGUCGAAUGCGAGAAAGGAAAGGCAGAUGAGAAAGAAUAUUUCGCGACGUUUGUUGAAGAACUUUCGAGGGCAUUCAAGCCACGUGGACUUUUGCUUUCUUCUGCAGUGUCACCUGCUAAGAGAGUCAUCGAUGCUGGUUAUGACAUUCCCAAGAUUUCAAGAUAUUUCGAUUGGAUUGCUGUUAUGGCUUAUGAUUAUCAUGGACAGUGGGACAAGAAGACUGGACACGUCGCACCAAUGUACACACAUCCAGAAGAUUGGGAAAAGACUUUCAAUGCGAACUUUUCAAUCAAUUAUUGGAUUGAAAAAGGAGCCGAUCCAAGGAAACUCAUCAUGGGAAUGCCAAUGUAUGGUCAAUCGUUCUCACUUGCUGACAGAGGUCAACCAACUUUGAACAGUUUGACUUAUGGCGGUGGUGAAGCUGGGUCACAAACAAGAGCUCGUGGUUUCUUGUCUUACUACGAGAUUUGCCAAAACAUAAGAGAGAAGAAGUGGACAGUUGUAAGAGAUAUGAGAGGACGAAUCGGACCUUUUGCUUAUAAAGGUGAUCAAUGGGUGUCGUUCGAUGAUGCGUCAAUGAUCCGUCAUAAGAGCGAGUUUGUUAAAUCUUUACGACUUGGUGGUGCAAUGAUUUGGGCACUUGAUUUGGAUGAUUUCAAGAACACUUGUAAUUGUGAAGAAUAUCCUUUGCUGAGAACAAUCAACAGAGUUUUACGCAAUUAUCCAGGCCCACACAAUAAUUGCGUACUUGAAAGUAGAAAAGCUUUCAAACCACCAAUGGAAUCGACAACAAGGAAGCCAUUGUACGAUGAAACAACAACGAAGCGUAUCACAAUAACUCGACCAAGAAAGACAACGACGACAACGAUGAUUCCACAGGUUGAAGAUGAAAUUCCUGACAUCUUGUUUGAUGAUGAACGAUCGUGUGAUGGAGGUCGAAAUUUCAUUCCACAUUCAACAGACUGCAAUAAAUAUUAUCAAUGCGAUCAUGGAACACUUCUUGAAAUGAGUUGUCCACCAGCAUUGUAUUGGAAUAAAGACAAAUGUGAUUGGCCAUCAAACACAGACUGUGCUAAUUCGAAUAAUGUAGUCGAUGAUGAUGACAAUGACAUUAAUUAUGAAAAUCAAAGGCCAUCAACACAUCGACCAACAACAUCAAGAGCCACAGCUCGUCCAACAUAUUCCACACCAACUACGGUGAGAGUGACAGCACCAACGCUCACAACUCCAAGACCAACAAAACGUCCAACAGUUGAUGAAACUCCUGUGAUCUUAACUGGAAAUGAAGAGUACAAAAUGGUUUGUUACUUCACAAAUUGGGCUUGGUAUCGACCUGGAGUCGGAAAGUACAAACCCGAUCAUAUUGACUCAAAUCUUUGCACUCACAUCGUGUAUGGUUUCGCUGUUCUUAAUCGAGAAACUCUCACAAUAAGAACUCAUGAUUCGUGGGCUGAUAUCGACAAUAAAUUUUAUGAGAAAGUUGCAGAAUUUAAAUCGAAAGGCAUCAAAGUUACUCUUGCUAUUGGUGGUUGGAACGAUUCACUUGGUGAUAAAUACAGCAGACUUGUUAGAGACGCUGCAGCUCGUGCUCGAUUCAUCAAGCAUGUUAUUGAGUUUAUUAAGAAAUACGGAUUUGAAGGUUUGGAUCUUGAUUGGGAGUAUCCAGUGUGCUGGCAAGUCGAUUGUGAGAAAGGAAAGGCCGAUGAAAAAGAAUAUUUCGCUAAAUUCGUCGAAGAACUUUCGAAAGCAUUCAAACCAGAAGGUUUACUUCUCUCAGCUGCAGUUUCGCCAAGCAAGAAGGUCAUCGAUGCUGGUUAUGACAUUCCGAAGAUAUCAAGAUAUUUCGAUUGGAUUGCUGUGAUGUGUUACGAUUAUCAUGGACAGUGGGACAAGAAGACUGGCCACGUCGCUCCACUUUAUGAACACCCAGAAGAUUGGGAGACAACAUUCAAUGGAAACUUCUCAAUUCAUUACUGGAUUGCCAAGGGAGCACCACCUAAGAAACUGGUCAUGGGAAUGCCAAUGUAUGGUCAAUCAUUCGCACUUGAAAAAGUCAGUAAUAAUGGAUUGAAUGCAAUCGCUCCUGGACCAGGUCAAGCUGGUGAAUUCACAAGGGCAGCUGGCUUCUUGGCUUUCUAUGAAAUCUGUGAUCGAGUAAAUCGUGGAGGAUGGACAGUUGUUAGAGAUCCGGAAGGAAGAAUAGGACCAUAUGCUUAUAAAGAUCGUCAAUGGGUUUCUUAUGAUGAUGUUGAAGACAUCAGACGCAAAACAAAAUUCGUCAAAGAUUUGGGACUCGGCGGUGCCAUGAUUUGGGCGCUUGAUCUCGAUGACUUCCGUAAUCGAUGCGGCUGUGGUUAUCAUCCACUCUUGACUACCAUUAACUUGGAACUUGGAAGAGUUUCAACUUCACGACGAUCUGAUUGCACUUAAUCACACUGAUAGUUUAUAAGGAGACUGAAAAUUUUUGACAAACACAUUAAAAUACAAUCAUAUUUAAGUGAAUUAAUUUCACAAGCCAUAUUCUUCUAAACAAAUUAGUAAUUAAAAUGUUGAAUAACUUUUUCAUUUACUUUUCCAAAAGAUGAAUAAUUCAAUAAAAUCAUGUUUUAAAUAAAAUAUCUGUCGAAAU